AUUUUCAUUUGUUUUUAUAUCAAUGUCUAUUUUUUUCAUAUGACAGAUCCAUGAUGUUUUUACAAGAUAAGUUUUGUUUAACAGAUAUAUAUUUGAAUAAAUAUUUAAAUGCAGUCUAAGUGUGCAGAUGAUUGUGCCAAAAGCUUAAAACGCCGUAAAGACUAUGAAGAGACCUUGAGAGGAGGACAAAAAUCUCAAGAUAGUGAAAACGAUGAGUUGUAUUUAUCUGACAGUACUGAAUAUCUCAGUUUUGCACGUCAAAAAAGCUCUACAAGUCCAGGAAGUUCACACCCUGAAAGAUCGAAAAAAGAUACUCCGAAAUCUAGACGUGUAAAAAAAUCUUAUGAAAAUCAAGAACAAUCUGAAGAAGAUGUACGUGUUUCUAAAACCUCAGCUCGACGUCGGCGACAGACAAGCUAUGCAAAAAGACAUUCAUCUAGAUUAAAUGAAAACUGUGCAAAUGUUGACUGUUCUGGAAUACCUAAAAGAUUAGUUGAGUCAGAAGAGAGUGAAGAGUCAUUGUCGUCUGAUAUUUCUUGUCCACCACGCUGUGAUCGCGAUUUGACAUUAUUGCCUAAGCCAAGCACACCUUGUGAUUCUUCAUGCCCUAAACAAGCUAAAUUAGAUGAAGAAAGAGAAAGACACCAAGAAGCGGUUGAUAAAUUUUUACUUCACGGAGGACUAAGAUACUUUGAUGACUUAUGUCAUUGUUCAUUAAAAUGUCUCUUAACACAAAUUUGCGGUGAUCAGUUUGUAAGAAAAACUGCUUCAUCAACAAUAUUUUUCAUAUUAGGCGUUAAAUUAUGUUUUGAACUUGAAGCUUGGUAUAUUCCUUUUUAAAUUAUAACAGUAAAUGCACAAAAUUUAAGUUAUUAACAAAAUCAUUUCAUUAGAUAAUAUUUUAAUUAUAGUCAAAUGAAUUCUAUUUCUUAUCAUCUAUUCAGCCGAAGAAUCAAAAUCACUUUUUAACUGUGAUUUUAAUUUUUAUUAUAAAAUAAACAAAAAAAUAUUAUGAUGCUUUCAGCUUUUCUAUACUCUAAAAAUAUUUUUUCUAGUUUUGAAAAAAUUUUAGGCUUAUUUUAAUUGAACUUGUAAAGCUAACAAAAUAGCGUAAAUCUAUAAGGAACGAAGGUGUUUCAAAAUUUAUUCACAAAUUGAUCAAUUGAUUGAGAAAAUAUAGAAAACCAAAGGAAUUCAUAACAUUAGAAAAAAGCGAAAAGCCUUCAAUAUCUGUAAUUAACUGUACCUAUAAUCUUAAAAUGUAGCAGCUAUUGGAGUGAAACUUUCAUAGAGAAGCUCGUAAGUCGGAAAAUUUCGGUAAUAAUUUAGAAAUGAGACUCCACCUGUUUUGUUUUGUAGAAAGGAUUACAUGUUUUUUUUUUUCAAACUUAAGGUCAAAAUACAAAAAAUUAUUUCAGAAUAUUUUUAAAAGUAAUCAAAUAUUCUGAAUAGUGCCUUGACUCAUCAAUCUUUGGAAAAUACACAGUAAAAAAUUUUCCGUAUUCAUGUAAAGAAAAAAAUCGGUGUGAAAAAUAACAAAUGGAAAUGUUAAAUUAACACUUUACGUGUGUUGCAGAUAACAUUUAAAUGUUUAAAAGUUUUAGAACCGAUAACAGAAAAUAUUAACAUAUUAUAUAUUACUUUUUUUUACACAAAUGAAUAAUAUUAAAACAACACAAAAAUUUGUGUAAAAUAUUCUAACACACAAUUUUGUGUUAAUUUUUACAAUUUCUUUUUUUUUACCGUGUAGGGUAGAGGUACCAUUUGUGGCCACUGCUCCAUUUUUGGACAUUUAAUACUUUAUUUUAAUUAACGAAAAAGUGUAAAAUAAAAUUUAUAUUUUAAUAGUGGCAUAAAAGUAUCUCUGAAGAAAUUAAAAAAAUUAAUUAUGUCAUUGUCUUUUACAAAUUAUUUCAUUAAAAUUUUUCAAGUGUCCAAAACUUGCUCUAAAGUGGCCAAAAAUGGUACCUCUAUCCUAUUUCUCUAUGAAUAAUAAAAAAUACGAGUAUCCAAGUUAGCUCGGCUGUACCAAAAUUAAUUAUAAUCAAUACCAUAAAUUAUCCAAUUUAAAAUUUGAAAUAUU